AUGAAAAAUAUUUUAAAAGAGAAAUUUAAAGGCAGCUUUAAAUCAACGUAUAAGGCUUUAUUCCCGGAACUAGUAGAUUAUAUAAUUGAUAAUUGGUUUUCAUACUAUCCUCUUUGGUCGGCCGAAAUUUUAAAAAUAUUUGGAAUGUUACGUGACUCAACAAGCGAUGUUGAAAAUUGGUAUAAUAUUCUAAAAAAUAAUUUAGACGAAGGAGAAUCCAAGAUGUCUGCGCCACGAUUCUUUGAAAAAAACAAAAAAGAUUCAAAACAAGAUCAAAAUUACGAUGCAAACAGAGAAAAUGAUGAAAAAUGCACAGAAGAAAAAUUAAGGGACCAAGAAGACGAACAAAACGAAAGAUGGGCGGAAACAUUACAUAAAAUAAUGGAACCUGAUGAGAUUAACGCUAAAGAAUUGACAGAAACAAUUGAACCUGAAGAGUCUGAGACAGAAGAAUCGACAGAAAUAAUAAAACCUGAAAAGUCAGAAGAGUGUCAAGAAUGCAUACUGUUUAAUAAAAAAAACGAAAUGAACAGGUUCAACUGUGAAGAAAACAAAAACGAUCAAAGGCUAGCCAAUUGA